AUGGAGAUUCUCGAACAAUCCAAUAAGAAUUCCGAGCGCUGGUUCGAUACAGUGCGAUUCAUUCUCUCUCCUCUGGGAAUCAAGCGAAUCAUCGACCCUUUAAAGUACGCUAGACCUCCAACGACAGACACGAGAUAUAAGAAAUGCCGUUAUUGGUCCAUAAUGGUAGCCGGUUGGCUCUAUACCCAUAUUGACGGUGAAUUGAAGGACCGUUUCAAGGCGUCUCAGGGUGAUAUAGACGAGAUCUUCGCCGAUAACAUUGUCACGGAGCUUAGGCAGAUGAUGGGUGGUGAUCACAAGGCGAAUCAGUUAUGGCUUAAAAUUACCAAUUUAGAUAAGAUAAAGCGGUCGAGCUUCAGCUCAGCCAAAGAAUUCAUCAUUACGUAUCAGAGCCAAAUCGAACCUUGA